AUGAGUCCGCAGGGGAUGCAAUCCAUGAGUGUACAUGGAGGCCAUGCGUGGAACACGUCAUUGGUGCUACAGACUCUCGUGUAUGCUAGCCUUGCAAAUCACCGCGAUUUCCAAGACAAUGUCAUACAAGCUCAUGAAUGGCUACUACAGCAGCAACUUGUGGAGGAAUGGGAUGAUUCUCCUUCUUGCCAUCGCCCAAGUCGGCUCGGUGCUUGGUCCUUUACUACCCGUUACCAUGGCACCCCUUGUUCCGAUUGUACCGCUGAGUCAUUGAAAGCCAUCCUGCUGGUGGAGAGGGAGAUGGGCAUCCGACGAAUGAGUGAAAAGAACCUCCGUUUGGCAGUCGACAAUCUCCUUCUGAUCCAGAAUGCCAGUGGCGGCUAUAGCAGCUUCGAGCCUAUCGCCGCUGGUGAGUGGUUGGAGUACCUGAAUGGGACCGAAGUCUUUGGCCAGGUAAUGACAGAGCACGACUAUGCGGAGUGCACUUCCUCCUGUAUCGUGGCCUUGGCACUGUUCAGGGACCGAAACGGGGAAUACCGCCGGAGAGAAAUUGAUACAGCCAUUGAGCGUGGCGUCAAAUAUAUAGAGACAAGCCAGCGAGAUGAUGGGGGCUGGAUGGCCUCUUGGGGAGUAACAUUCACCUAUGGUGCUUUCUUCGCGAUGGAAGCCUUGCACUGUGGGGGGCGGACGUAUGAGAACUCCCCGGUGGUCAGAUUAGGUUGCCAAUUUCUACUUGAUAUGAGGGAGCCAGACGGUGGAUGGGGUGAGAUAAUAGAGUCUCGCUUGCUUGGUCAAUAUGUACGAGCUCCUAGAUCGCACACUGUUCAGACAGCGUGGUCUUGCCUCGCGUUGAUGUAUGCUGGCUAUCCUGACCAGGAGCCUAUCAAACGAGGAAUUCAACUGAUCAUCAGUCGACAAAAGCCCAACGUGCUCCUCAAAAAAGCUUGA